UUUUAAAAAAAUCUUUCUAAAUCUUCACCCAAAACACAUUCAUAUAAAGUUAAAAACUUCUGCUCACUAUUAUUCUUUUAAUUCCUCUUCCAUUUUCUUUUCUCUUUAACGAAAACAUUCGUUUUCAACCAGCAAGUCGUAGGCCGUUGACUUUAAGGAAAAAAAGCUCUCAAAUUAGUACAUCCAGAUUGCUGUACCGAUUACCUGCGUAAUAAUAAACUAUUUAUGCUAUUGAGUAUAACGUGUUCGACAGUUUGUCUCAAAGGAACUCAGCCUAUCUACACAGUUUACUGUUUUUAGUAUCUUAUUACUGAAUUUAUUGAAUCUGCAAAAUAUGAUAAAGGAGUUGAAAGAAGCUUUUCGCUUUGCUGCGUCAAUUAGUUUUUGGAGAAUGGCCGUGUUUUGGACAAUCUCACUCUUCAUCUCAUACUUCCAGUUACGCACAAACUGGAUCUUUUCUCGCCGACUCCAAUCCUACCCACGAUGUCAUCCUCCAAUCUCUGAGUCUCUGACGCCUGUUUGCAUCAUUACAGGCGCUACAUCAGGACUGGGAGCUGCGGCUGCGCACGCUCUUUCACGGGAAGGCUUCUUUGUUGUUCUUGUUGGACGAUCAUCGCAUUUGUUAUCAAAGAUUAUGACAGAGAUAAAAACCCAGAAUAAAGGUGCCCAUGUCAAAGCUUUUGUGGUUAACCUGGCAUCAUUCCAAUCAAUUUUGGAGUUCAAAAGCUCACUUCAGCAGUGGCUUUUGGAUUGCAAACUGCAUUGUUCUUUGCAGCUCUUGAUUAAUAAUGCUGGGAUACUGGCAACAUCAUCGCGAACCACACCUGAAGGCUAUGAUCAGAUGAUGGGUACAAAUUACAUAGGACCGUUCUGUCUGACCAAAUUACUACUACCUCUUCUUAAAAGAAGCCCUGUUCCUUCUCGGAUUGUAAAUGUCACGUCCUUUACACAUCGAAGUGUGCACUUUCCUUCAGUUUUUGAUGUACAGGUUGACAAGGAAUCUGUUUCUGGGACACGUUUCUUGAGAUCAGAACAAUAUCCAUUUGCCCGUCUCUAUGAGUACUCGAAAUUAUUCUUGAUUCUCUUCUCAUAUGAGCUCCACCGGCAACUUGGCUUGAUGGAUCAACCUUAUCAUGUCUCUGUAAAUGCUGCGGAUCCUGGAAGUGUAAGAACCAACAUCAUGAGGGAAGUCCCUUCAUGUCUUUCGAGUUUGGCAUUUCAAGUUUUGAAGUCUUUGGGCCUUUUGCAGUCACCAAAGAAUGGGGUUAGCUCUCUUAUUGAUGCAGCCCUUGCCCCACCUGAAGCCUCUGGGGUAUACUUUUUUGGUGGAAAGGGUAGGACUGUGGAUUCAUCAGUGCUAUCACACAAUACCAAACUUGCAAAAGAACUUUGGGACAUAUCUGAUAAUUUGUUCAUGGAAGCAAGCCUUGAUUUCAAAGAAACAGCUAGCUCCUAGUCAGAUAAUUGGUUGUAAAAUAAAGGAAGUCAAGACCAUGAGGAAGAAAUGUGAAGGUGAUUUCCAGGAAAAAGGUUUCCCCCUCGUCUACUUUGACUGAUAUUUGAACCAGAAAACAUACUUGUGGCCAUUUGUCAUGGCAUUUGUUGUUUCGGUUUACUCGAUCAAUGGAUUAGAAAGGGUUUCAACCUUAGUAAAAUUGUCAUUAAUUCAUAUUCAAAUGAAUUUUAUCAAAAUUCAGUUUUCUACGAUUCACUGAACUA